CUUCCGGUGUUUAUGUGACGUUGAAAACGCCAACAUGGCGACCCGGAGAGGCAAUGCGAAGACCCACCUGCAGUCUGACAAAUAUUCUGUUCUGCUGCCAACCUACAACGAACGAGAAAACCUACCAUUGAUUGUAUGGUUGUUGGUGAAAUACUUCGGCGAGAGUGGCUACAACUACGAGAUUAUAGUGAUUGAUGAUGGCAGUCCAGACGGAACCUUACAGAUCGCAGAACAGUUGCAGAAGAUUUACGGAUCUGACAAGAUUAUCCUGAGACCGCGUGCACAAAAACUGGGAUUAGGAACGGCUUACAUCCACGGCGUUAAACAUGCUACUGGAAACUUUGUCAUCAUUAUGGAUGCAGACCUCUCACAUCAUCCAAAAUUUAUCCCACAAUUCAUUGCAAAACAGAAGGAAGGUGGAUAUGACCUGGUGUCUGGCACAAGGUACAGCGGAGAUGGGGGCGUCUAUGGUUGGGAUCUGCGAAGGAAACUAAUCAGUCGAGGAGCAAACUUCGUCACGCAAGUGCUGCUCAGACCAGGAGCAUCGGAUCUUACAGGAAGUUUUAGGCUGUAUAAGAAAGAGGUGCUUGAAAAACUGGUAGAGCGAUGUGUGUCAAAAGGCUAUGUUUUUCAAAUGGAGAUGAUUGUCCGUGCUAGACAAUUGGACUGUACAAUUGGAGAGGUUCCCAUUUCAUUUGUGGACCGUGUUUAUGGGGAGUCCAAGUUGGGUGGAAAUGAAAUCGUCUCCUUUUUAAAAGGAUUGCUCACUCUAUUUGCCACCACAUGACUUUUGACCUCAUUUGCUUUUGUUUAGAUCGGUGCUUAUCAUCGUUGCAAUGCAACUGACAUGCAUGUUUAACAAGAAGUAGUUGUUUAAUCAAUGAUGCUCCAUAUUUUUUAAAUCGCAGUUCUAUGUUAUGGGUCUGUGCCAUAAAACCCACAGAUGUGACUGCAUACAUGGCGGAAUGUUCAGAACGGGACUUAAUAAGCAAUUUUCUUUGUUAAUUACAUCAAAAAUGUCAGUUAUUUUAACCAACAGGACCAAAUUGAGACUGCUGAAAACAUUUUUAACUCUCAUUUCAUAUCUAUUGAGUUAUUUCCCUCACAUUUACAAAGUUAUCUAUGACUUUUUCCCCCAAUGAACAUUUUUGUAUCUUUGAGAUGUAUGCCCUGAAAUAAAAACGUCUUGCAAAAUC